UCGAUAAUAUCAAUCGUCUUCAUUAUAGUAAAAACGAUUAGCAGUGAAGAAGCGCUGGUAUCCGGCUACGAAGAUAAACUUCGCCAUUUGCAUAUUUUUUCUGGAAAGACACAUUUACAUGAUAAAUGAUACGAACUCUUGAAGACCACAGACAGGGACAGUCGAGACAUUAUUUUAACCAGUCGUAGAAGAAUGAUUUCCAACCAAACACCUUUCACUGGCAUACCAUGGCGUACGGCGUGGAAGUAAUGGGAAGUCACCUACAUAACCUUUCCUAAAAUCGUUCAUGCAUAAGUAGCAUGGAAUGUUAACAAACGUCUAAAUAGUCUGACAGAAGCCGUGAAAUGUUAUAAAGACUUGUUUACAACGGAAUUACAUAAGACGUGUUCAACUUGCUGAUGUUAGCUGACCAACUGUUCAUUUACCAAAGACACUUAAAAGUGACGCACAAAGCCGAAGCUUGCUUGGUCGGUCUUACUACCGACMAGCGCCGACAAGCCCAGCUAGCAGUCAACACACCAAUUUGGUGCUGCAGCAGAACACUGAUGCCUUGUGGAGAAUGGUCGUAAUGGAGAACGUGUACGUAGGUGAAGAGAUGGGACGCAAGGGAGUCUCAAGAAAUCGCACGUUUUCUGAAGGUAUUAACACUCUAUUACCCAGCAUACAACAGACAUAUCCUUCGCCAGUAGAUAUCGGCAUAUUAUASACUUUUCUGGUCCAUCCCUUGUACAAAAACCGCCUUCAUGUCCAUGCAUAGGUAUCAGCUAUUUUCGCCACUUUAAUUGAAUUUUGUUGCUAAUCUUGUUGACUUAAGUUGUGAAAAUAAUCAUCGAAUGUUCGAUGUGUGGUGGUUCACACACAAUACGACCACAAUCCGACACAAAUCAUCAGAAGUGGAUAACUGACAGAAGCUCAGCCCAACUCCCGAUAGACAAGAAAAAGUCGUGGAAGGAUUUUUGGGACCGGACUCCCUUAUUUACCUAACGAAUCGACCUUCGCAAAAUGGCGGUCUGGGAUUUAUGUUAAGUAAAUUAAGACGCGAAUGAUGUCAAAGAUUGUAAAACUCUUGGGGCAGAUCGCCAAGAGAACCCCGAGCCUUUCUCACCAAGUGGUUUCAUUGAUUUUCAUGUUCAUUGUUGAGAAAAGGUCAGUUGGCUGGCAGUGAGAUAAACCGUACCGGGACAAGUCGAAUGCAUAACUUCGGGCUGUUUUACUGAUCAAACUCUCAACGAUGUUGGUCCAGUAAUACUUCCAGCUUCAGUUCUGAGAUGCUCAUUUGGAUUGGUCACAUGACAAAAACGACAAUGAUAACAUGCCUUGUACUGCAGCAGGGAUAGUACCAAAGCCUGACACUAGGACUGAAUCCGUCAUGCAAAAAUCAAAUUGCUCGAUAAUCUAUUCAAAUGCCUGUUGUUGUUUUUUUUUUCAUAACAAGUGAAAAAGGAACAAAGGAGAAAAAUGGAGAGCUUUUCACAAACAGUAGCUGUUUCGUUUUUCAUAAGUAAAGCUCUCCCAAUGUGACGUUUACUUUAAAUUUGAUUGAUUUGUCAUGUAAAAACUAAAAGAAGGUUAAGAAAGUUGUACUGUGGUUAUGCAAUCACCAACAAUGGAUGUCACGCAAACAACCGAUAUCCGGGUACCGGGCAAAAGUAUCGUGUGAAAGUACCGUACGUGUGUGUGGUUUUUUAAGCGUUGCGCACUAAGAUCAAGUGCAACUUUUAACAGAAUAAAGCACUUUACAAUUUCACGUUAGAAAUCCUAUCGAGCUCUUUACAACUCUACAAAAACCAACUCUCCGAAAAGUUAUGCCAUUUGCGUUUGCUGAUUUUUUUUUUUUUUUUUUUUUACUCUAUUUUUUAUUAAGCCCUGAGGCAAAGACGACAGAAUAACGGUAAAAUAACCAAAAUACCAGAAGAGCAGAUAGUGAGAAUGAGACGUACCAUAAUUCUACUGAAUACAAAAUAUAAAACAGAGACAUGAUGAUCUGUAGAGACGUGCGGAGCUUUGAGUAGCAUAAUUGAUAAAACACUUGUUUCUUACUUAAACGGUUGCAACAAACCAUCCAAGCGAAGCAAGAACGUGAACUAGACCACUUGAAAGUAAGCAAAACGGCGCGCUUGUGGAAUUGGACGACUGAUUCACGAUACCUGACCUUGCUCAAAAGCGUCAAAACAAUUCACAACUGAAAAACUCUUUUAGAAUUGUUUCAUUUCUUUAUAAUGCUGUCCCUCUAUUAAUGCAGUUUCGCAAUGAAUAAUACUUUACUUCUGAAGAAAAUUGAGCAUUUGACGUAACAGUCUAUUCUUCUCCAACCAAUCAGAACAGUGAAUUUAUUAUUUUAAUUAAUAGGAUCAAAUCCAAUGUCAAUCAUCGAGUCCACAGAAAAUACAAUUUGAUUUAACCUGAUGAAGCGCUUUGGUUGUUAAUACAAGAUUCAUUAGCUUAUUGUUCACUGGUAGUUUUAUUAGUAGAUCAAACUAGAUAUUAGUGAGUGAAUAAUUUAGGACUACAUAUUCUUAAUGUCGAUUGCGGGAGUUGAUGGUGUUCGACAGUGCAGCCGCUGUGUGCGUACCACCGCUAGCCGUUCAUGUAACCCUAUCUACUACUGCCAUGAGUGACAAGGAUUUUCACAGACUUCACCGCAAAUAUUACACUACCAAUGUGGAAAACGCCGGUAAGCCAGAGGAUUGCGGUCAGUCCAACCCAGCAAAAAUCAACGUUGAAGGACAAAAGUCUCCUAAAUCAAGCCCAGGUAUGCAAAGCAAAGGAUCGCAAAAGGAGAAAUUCUUUGGAAAAGGAUGGAGAAAUCGACCUAAAGUUAUAGCCAACGCUGGUAAUGCACUCUGGUCACCGGACGCAAAGGAAAACUACGUCUGGUCAUCUGUUGGCGGUCGUAAAGUUUGUUUGGGGAGUUUUGACAUCUGCGAUCUCACAGAGCCAGAAAGAAUUGCUUUACAACAAGUGGCGUUGUCAAAGCUCCGUAAACUCAAUUUGCGCAGUCACGUCACGAUCCCUAAGUCUUCACGCUCUGACAAAAGGACAUCAUCUCUGAAAAGAGCAUUGUCACUUAAAAGUCGAUUGUCAAUGGGUGCUUCUGAUAAAGUUACUGAAUCUGCAGUGUUUGCAGUACCUUUGAGAAAGGCAGUGGCACAAAGCACCCCUGAAAACAUGGACAAAAAGGUCAAAAAGGGAAGCCAAGAAGAAAGCCUUGAUAGCAAAAGUGAGGGUGAAGAGGAUCAUAGAGAAAGGAGACAUUCAGCCUCAAGUCUUAAUCAACCAUAUCCAAAGACAACACUAGAUGCUGGCACACAAUCAAAGGGAAGCCUUAAUGGCAACCGAGAACUUCCAGGUUCRCCAACCUGGAAAUCAAGGUUAAUAGAUGCACUUACACUCAACUCUUCAUCWGCAUCAGCAUCGUGUAUUAUUGAUAGAGAUGCAAUGCUGAUACCGCAACCACCACGUGUACCACCUAUUGUAACCCAAGCAAUAGAGCAUUUAGAAAAUUAUGGUCUUCAUGUUUUAGGAAUAUUUCGAACUGGUGGAUCAAAACGGAGAAUGAAACAGAUGAGAGAACAAUUUGACUCAGGUGAAAAAGCUCAGUUUUCUGCCGAUGAUAAUCCUCAUGAUGUUGCAGCUUUAUUCAAAGAAUAUUUUAGAGAUUUACCUGAACCACUAAUGACCAGAGAAUUGUAUGCUGCUUUCCUAGAAACCCAAGGAAUAGAAGAUGAAAAUCAGAGAAAAACUACUUUACAACUGCUCUGCUGUUUGCUUCCACCACCUAACAGGGAUACUUUAAAAGCUUUGCUAGAAUUUCUCUCUAAAGUGGACUUCUAYUCCGAAGAUAAAUUAGACGAGAAUGCAAUAGAGAUACCGGGAAAUAAAAUGAACAGUCGUAAUCUUGCCACYUUAAUAGGUCCUAACAUACUCCAUAAGGUCAAAGCCGGUCAUAAUCACGACUACGCAGUAGACGAUCCUACGAGAGCUGAAGAACUGAGAGAAACAAUCGAUACMGUCCAAGAAUUAAUACUAAACUGGCAGGACCUAUUUGUUAUAAAAGCGGAUCUAUACCAUGAAAUAUAUCAACACCUCCUGGAGAGUGAGCCUGAAAUCCUGGAUUAUUUAUUACGGAAAAAGACUCCUAUAAGAAUAAGUGCUGGCGAUGAAGAAGUUCUUGAUGCCMCUAGUGUUUCGAUACCUAAGGYUGAACCUCAUCGUGUUCGCUGCCGCUCUGCUGGAGACAGUGAUCGCCCACCUGUCAUUAUUCGUACUGGAAACGCACCUAAUACCCGGCCUCCCCCUGAUUACCACCAACAUAGGCAACGUASCCAUGGUUACACUAUUAAAUCAACACGGCAUGUUGGACAUACUCGAAGCCAGUCUCUSAACCGUGAGGAAGGCAAUACAUUAAGAAAGUAUGCUCGUCAGACGUCAACUCCAGAUUCAAACUUGUCUGCCAGUUUUAAUGGUGUUAUUCGAGCCCGACAAAAAACUCCACCCCUCCACCCCAGGGGAGCUUAUARAGCAGGCACAAGUGAACCACCUUCUCCAUCAUUGUCGUCUUCAUUAUCACAUUCUACAUAUUCCACACCGCCAUCUUCUCCACCACUAACGCCGUACUUCUCCGCCGAAUCUUCAUGUUCGUCUCCGGUGUCAGUGUCAUACUUGGGUAGCGAGGGACCWGUUGUUACCGAACUCGAGGAAUUACUAUGCGAGGUAGAGAAGGAUUUGCAAAAAGAACGCGUAAACAAUGCGAUUCAUGAUUUGGACUUAGAAAAUGAUAUCCCUGACUGGCAGUUAGAGCGAUGGAUACGGUGGGAAACACUAGCUCACACUCGAAAUAGUAAUACAGAAGCUAUAGAGCAGGAAACACUAGUUUAGGCAUUUUCAAAACAACUGUAGGGAUAGCAAGGAUAACAUGCAUGAUUUUCGCGCGCUUUAAGCGAUCUAUCGUGGUAAAUAAAUGAUUAAUAGAGCUUAAAGUUGACACGGAAAAUCGGCUUUAGUUAGAGCAUAAAUCGGCUUUAAUUAGAGCAUAGUUAGUAACUCUGUUUAGACGAAGAGAUCUUCUUGGAAAAUAUAGGCAGGUAAUAGAAACAUAUUUAACGAGUGUAUAAUUCGAYAUGAACGAAUGUGAUCAUACAACCUUAAAGACCUAUCUACACUGUGUGUAGGCUGUAACGCCUUUAUGGCGAUUUUGACAAUUAUAGUCAAGUCCUUAUGCUACACUAUAGUUAUUAUCRGACAAUUAUUAUCAGCGGACAGCACUUGAAGAGUUCGUUUAAAGCUGAUAGAGGCAAUAAUAAGAUUUUUAGACUAGGGCCAAAACAGUAUAUAGGAACUUCACAUGGAAUUCUUGCCCUGUAAACUAUGCGACACACAAGCAAGCCUUUGUGGCACCUUUAAGAAGUAUAUUUAUGUAUAUAYUGUACAAAUKUAAUUGUGAUAAUCAACAGCUAUUAGAUGUUCACUACCCUGACCCUCGAGAUUCUCAGUCGGCAUCUUCUCUCUAGUCCUCGAUUUUUGGCGAGAAGCUUUGACAUCCGAGCAUAGAGCUUUCACUAGGGCUCUCAACGAAUUAAUCGUGGUCUAGACGGUACCUUUUCACCUCAUUCGGAACGAAUUCUCUGAUUGGCUGAGUAGUUCUUAAAAAAAACAAUGAUACUUUUUGGCUUUUGUUUUCUUCUUUUGUAAAAGCCUAUUGGAGAGGUGAAAGUUCGCUCGGUCUUGAGAGGAGUGAUUGGAAUUCUUUGGGGUCUUGGUAGAUGGUCACAUGUAUACGCAGGGAUCUCGACCAGGAAUUAUUUUUUAUAUAAAAGUAUAGUGUACAUUUUUAUCAUACAAACAUAGCUUUUUUUAGAGAUACCUGUGUUGUGAAGACAUCAUCUAUGAAGGAUACUGUAUGCAAUUUCAUUCAAAAAUGUGGUGCUCAUCA